UCACAUAGACACUGAUGGGUUGACAUUUCCAUGUUCCAGUGAUACAGGUGUGCGUUUCUCGACUACAGACCUUUCAGCGCAUCACUCUGCAUCUCCCAGACCAUCUCAGCACCAAAGACUCUGUGUGCCUGUCUGCUGGUCACUCUGCUUGACCGCUCGCUCGCUGGGAUGGAGAAGAGCCUGGUGGUCACCCUUCUGCUCACAGGGCUCUGUGAAGACGUUUCCUGCCAGACCAGAACUUACUUUGUAGUGCAAACUAGCAAGAACUGGACUGAAGCUCGUAGAUACUGCAGAGAGAAGUACACAGACCUGGUGACUGUGCGCAGUCUGGAAGAAAACAAGCAGAUUCAGUUUGUGGCUUUGGCUGUAUCGGGAAUCAACCAGUCCUGGCUCGGGCUGCAUCGGGACAGUGAGAACUGGCAGUGGUCCAAUGGAGAUGCUGUCAGCUACACUAACUGGACGGCUGGUAGUGGGGCACUCUACUGUGCUACAGCCGAUGCAGGAGGCAGCUGGGGCCAGUCAGUCUGUCAUGAUCAGAAACCUUUCCUGUGUUACAACGAAACCAGCAACAUCACUGAGAGAUACACUCUGAUCAGCACAGUGAAAACCUGGGCUGAAGCUCGACAGUACUGUAGAGAACACCACACCGACCUGGUCAGUAUAAAGAGCGCCAGUGAAAAUGAAGAAAUAAAGAAGAAAGCGCCGACCAGUCCCUUCUGGAUCGGCCUGUUCAAUGAUCCCUGGAAGUGGACUGACGGGGGGACCUCAACAUUUCAAAACUGGGGCGUUAGUGAACCAGACAACGUGUUGGGCAAAGAGAAUUGCGUUUUAAUGUAUUCCCUUAACAAUGGUAAAUGGGAGGAUUGGCCUUGCAGCUUUGAGUUCUGCUUCAUUUGCUAUGAAGAAUAUAACCCAACAACUUCAGCACCACAAACUGUACCACUGAGCUGUUUAAAACAGCCAUGUCCAUCAGGCCAGGACUGCAUUGCAGAUAGCUGUGCCGACCCUUGCCACCAAUACAAAGUACUGGAUGAACCGUGGCGUUCCACUCAUUUUCCAGUCGCUGUGCCGUCUGAUCCAAAAUGUGAUCGUGAUCUGAAAGGAUGGUAUCGUUUUUUAGCGGAUGAAAGUGCGAGAAUGCCAGAAGCAUGCGUUCCAGUGUACAGAUGUGGAACUGAUGCGCCCAUGUGGCUCAAUGGCUCUCACCCACUGGAAAGAGAUGGCAUAGUUAUUCGCCAGUCUUGUGGUCAGUGGAAUUCAAAGUGCUGCUAUUUUAAAACCACAAUUCAUGUCAAGGCAUGUCCGGGCAACUACCACGUUUACAAAUUUCAAGGAACUCCUGGGUGCAACCUAGCUUACUGCACAGAAUCAAAUUUCACCACCAAAGCACUGGAAUCUACCACGGAACGAUCCACCGAUACCACGGAACGAUCCACCGAUACCACAGAACGAUCCACCGAUACCACAGAACGAUCCACCGAUACCACAGAACGACCAACUGAAACCCAGACCUCUCCAGAACCAGGGAAAGGCAGGCGGCAGGUUGUGAGGAUUGAGAUAAAGGCACCAGAGGGACAGGACCCUGAAGACCCAAAGAUCAGAGAUGCCAUUUUAGCUGAGCUUCAAGAGCACUUCUCCAAGGACACCCCGAAGGAAGGCAUGACGCUGCGCUGGAUAAAGAAGGACGGGAAGAUUUUCCACAAGCUGGAGGAGAAGGAGGAGGAGGAGACGGAGACGUGCUCCAAACCCUGAGAUAGCGCAGCCUGGCCAGCACCCCAAUUUCAUUGGCUUUAGACUAGACCUGCUUUUAAGAGAUAUUUUACACCUGCAUUGUCUGAGUGAUUCUUUCGUAUAUCUGUUUGAUAUGACAGUAGUAUUCUCUACCGUUCUCUAUUUCAGUUACUGCUCAGAUGCCUCCAGAACUAUCCAACCUUCAAUGGAGCUGAAUUUACAAUGACUGAAAUAAACCCAAAUUCAGUGACAAAAGAUUUGACAAAGUCUUUCUCGGUGUCAUCAAAAUACGAAAAAUGCGUCAUGGCAUUUAGACAUGACAGAUACAUACCCCCACCCCCCCUAGUGGCCAUUUCAAACAACUUCAGCACUAAUUCAUUCAGCUUUCAAGAGUCUAAUCGUGAGCAGCUGCCUCUGUGUUUGACAAAGGACAUUGGUUCAGUAAGCCUGGUAAAGAACGAUCGAAGCAGAAACAGCAAAAGAGGAUUCUAUAAAACUAAUGCAAUAGGAAAGAACAGUAUAUUUAUUAUUACAACAGUCGGCACCGCCUAUAAUCGGGGUUUCUACUUAAAUGGGCCAUAACUCUGAGAGACGAUUUUUUUGCUAAUGCUAUGUAUAUCGUUUAAUUGGGACGUCGCUUCGCUGAAUGGGGAUACAGUCUUUUCAAAAGAUGAACGGAGGUCGCUUUUCAGAGCAGGACAGGUUCGCGUAGCACGCCGGUAUGUGAUUGCCCUGCGACUUGCGUAAACUGCGCUGAGCUCUUGAAGGGGCUGCUGGGGUCUCCUGCGGUGUCUCAGGAAGCUGCCUCGCCUUGAGAUAACAUGUGAUUGAAUUAUUUUUCAUUUCAUGUAAAGAAACAAACAAAACAAAAAAAACAGCGAUUUAAUUAUGUUUAGGAAUAAAAAAUAAAAAAAACCGUUGACUCGUAUUCUGAACGAUGUGUUGAACGUUUAUUCAAUGAUUCGUUUUCUUUUCACUUAGAAGUAAAUCAAAUGCUUCUCGUUUAAUCAUUCACGAUACUUUUGCAUCUCCAGAGGCGCCCCGAUAAAGCGGCGCAGACUGUAUUAUUAUUAUUAUUACAUUAACGGUAAUAAGACUCCUAUUGCACAGCAAUUUCAUCCA